UGGCUCGAGUAUGUACCAGAGACUGGGCAGACGAAGCUCGUUGUCGGGAGUGCGUGGUUGCUUGGGGGACCGAGUGCGACGUAUGUUGCUGGGGUGACUGAAGGGCCCGUGAGGGCUCUCAGAGUUUCCCUUGGGGGGAAUUGAGUCGUUGUUUGGAAGGGAGGAUGGAGAUUGCGGGGAUCUUUUGUUUGCGGUUAUUGGGCGAGUGGAUGGGGAGGGUGGAUUGCGGAAUCCGGUGGCUGCUAAGCUUCGGAAGAUGGGAUCAAGUGAUGAUGAUCAUGGUGGUGAAGAGCAAAGGAAUGCCAUCUGGUUUGGGAACCUCGUGCGUGCCUCCAGGGAACCACGCGCGCGGUAUUGUACAUUGAGGUUUACGAAUCUGAUGGACUACUUCAACCUGGGUGCCCUUUCAGUCGAGAACGUCCCCAAUUCCGACCUUGAAGAGUGCCGGGAAUUCUUCCUGUGCUCCUGGGUUAUCCUCUUCGUGGGAAGGGACCGAGAGGUUGAUCCUUCUACGCAUACAGCGUGCUCCUGCUACAUCUGCCCUAUGAUGACCUGGGAUGGAUACCCCAUCCCCGAUGACUACUACAAAGCGACCCGACAGUGGGGACUUGGAGGGAAGAUCUCUUCGCCGUAUGCCGAUCCAGAUGGCAGGAUCAUGUUUCUAUCGCAGAAGCAGGAUGGGUAUGCGGCGGACAAAAACCGGAUCGUGGCUGUGGCGGGUGUGUCGAGCGAAGGGUGCACGGAGCUCUUUGCGAGCGAGGAUGGGGCCUGUUCGUGGGAUCUUAGUCCCUCGGCUGUUUGGUAUGCGUCUGACAGGACGCUGUUAAUUCAGGUUGAGGAGAAGGGGGAGAGGGUUCUGUAUCAGCUUCCGCAUGUUCCCUGGCCGGAUACACCUGCUCAAAGCACCUGCGGCGCAUCGAUACCGCAGGCUCUGUUCUUGAUAUUACAGCGGUACCAGGCGCGGAAAAGACGGACCUAAAAUCCAGGGCCUCAAAAUCACUAGUACUCGCAUCCAGCGACGACUUUGCCUACAGCCGAGCCUACCACCUUAUCGACCUAACAGCCAACCAUGCCAGCUUGAUAGGCCCCCGACACCCGCACGGCCAAUUCGGUUUAUCAUCCUCGCAAGUUGAGCAGAUCAUGUUUCCGGGUGCCCACGGCCGAGACGUUUAUGCUUGGGUAAUCAAACCGUCCUUCUUCGCCCCCGAC